CCGCCAUCCCCCGCUCACACCCUCCUCGCCCCUGAUCCUCAACUACACCCCACCAACCCUUUGCCACGACUCGGCCCCUGCCUUUCGUAUACCGUCUAUCCCUCCACUCCCCGUCCGUCCCGUCCUUCCCCUACUUUUCGCCUUUCUCUCUUCUACUCCCUCUUCCUCGGUUUCACGCUCUUCGUCGCGAGCCGCACUGUUUCGUCUUCUCCUCCCUGCUCCCGUUUCGCUUAGUCGCUCGCUUUUUGUUCCCACGCGUCUUAUCACCACUAUUCUAAAUGGAUCUUGCCGCCAGAGAGAAAGCUGUCUAUCUGGCCAAGCUCGCCGAGCAGGCCGAGCGAUAUGACGAAAUGGUUAAGGAAAUGGCCAAGGUGGCUCAUCUCACCGACGCCAACACAGGAGAACUUAGCGUCGAGGAGCGCAACCUCCUCUCAGUCGCCUACAAGAACGUAAUCGGUGCUCGUCGCGCAAGCUGGCGCAUCAUCUCCUCCAUCGAACAAAAAGAAGAGAACCGGCGCAAUGAUAAGCACGUCAAGAUCACUAAGGAAUACCGAUCCCUCAUUGAGGAGGAGCUCAACUCCAUUUGCAGGGAUAUUCUCGAGAUUCUCGACAAGAACCUUAUCGUAUCGGCGCAAUCAGGUGAAUCUAAGGUCUUCUACUACAAAAUGAAGGGUGAUUACCACCGCUACCUCGCAGAGUUUUCCGACGAGAACGAUCGAAAAGACGCCGCUCAGCUCUCCCUUGACGCCUACAAGAAGGCCACCGAUAUCGCCGUCACCGAUCUCACUCCAACACAUCCGAUCCGUCUCGGCCUUGCUCUCAACUUUUCUGUCUUUUACUACGAAAUAUUCAACAGCCCUGACAGUGCAUGCGAUCUGGCAAAGAAAGCCUUUGACGACGCCAUUGCUGAGCUCGAUUCCCUGAGUGAGGACUCCUACAAAGAUUCGACCCUUAUUAUGCAGCUCUUGCGCGACAACUUGACCUUGUGGAAGUCGGAUCAAGAAGGGGAGGAUGGGGAGGAAAACGCCGAUAAAGCGGAGUGAGUCACGAAGCUGGUCUACGAUUCCUGUCCUACUCUCGCACGACAAGAGUGCUGUCUCUCGAAUUGAAGGAAAAUGAAUUUGCUCCAGUGAUCUAGUCGCUGCGCUAUCGAAUUCGUGAUCUCUUACAUGAUAGACGAGGGGGGAGUGGUUGAAAAAGUGAGCAGGGCUGGUAUGGACAUUGAUUUCAAUGGCGAGAUGAGUGUGUGCGUUGUCAGAUGCGUUUUGCUCUCGAGAUUUGCGGAGAGUCUGUUUCGUGGCAUCUGCACAUACGCCGCUCUUUCUUCUCGGUGUUUGUUAGGGUUUCUCGGGUGUCGUAGAUACUGCGUGGACAAUGGUGUGUUCGUCUAACAUGGUAGCAAAUACAUCUCUCUUUUCGUGCUUGUGCCUCCUUGAUCGUGUCAUGAGGUUCGCUAAACACAACUUAACCUGUCGCAUUGAUCGUUCUGUUGAUGUGGCGUGGCUUGGUUGAUCUAAACUGUUUCGGGUCACCGCAAUUCCCUAAUCGCAUUAGAAAUACAUUCUUACAUACCUUCCCGGAGGCAACAUCGA